UUGAUAGCAUUGCAGUGUACCGAAAUCACAGGGGAGUGCUCUUCUGUUUCUAAAACCUAGCUUAACAAACGCAUCAAGAAAUGUAAAGAAAUAGAAAGGACCAAAAAAACAAGGUGGAUUAAGGGCACACAGGACAUUGGAGCACAUAAGUUUAGAAAGUCAAAGACAUCCGGUAGCCAUGGAUAUGGAAGAAAUCGUGUCUUCUGAUCAACACAGACCAAUAACCCACUUAAGAGUACAUUAUGGUUCCAUGAGCUGUAAGAAGACAGAUGGCGAUACAUCCUCCACACAGCCAACCGGCAUCUCUCAAAGACGCUCGUACAUCGCGGUGGCAGUUCUCUGCUAUAUUAAUCUGCUCAACUACAUGGACCGUUAUACCAUAGCAGGUGUGUUGCUUAGCAUCCAGAAGUACUUUCUCAUUAGUGACAGCACAUCAGGCCUCCUGCAGACAGUGUUUAUCUGUAGCUUUAUGUUCUUGGCACCAGUUUUUGGUUAUCUUGGGGACCGUUAUGACAGGAAGUAUAUCAUGAUUGCUGGGUUGAUCGUGUGGCUUGUCACAACCCUGGGCAGCUCAUUCGCUGGACGGGAGCACUUCUGGGUUCUGGUCCUGACAAGGGCAUUGGUUGGAACUGGAGAGGCCAGUUACUCUACCAUAGCUCCUACCAUCAUUGGCGAUUUGUUCACUGGCACAAAGAGAACCCUCAUGAUUUCUUUCUUUUAUAUCUUCAUACCAGUUGGGAGUGGUCUGGGCUAUAUAAUGGGAGCAACAAUAGCCAGUGCAACAGGAGACUGGCGAUGGGCACUCAGGGUCAAUCCUGCUCUGGGAGCACUGGGUCUGCUCCUCUUGGUUUUUCUCAUUCCCAAUCCUCCUCGCGGGGCCGCGGAUGGAUACACAGAAACAACCAUGGAGAACACCUCCUACAUUGAGGACAUCAAGUACCUUCUGAAGAAUCGGAGUUUUGUCUGGUCUUCUUUUGGUGUGACUGCCAUGGCUUUUGUCACAGGGGCACUGGCUUUCUGGACCCCCACCUUCCUCUCACGUGCACAGGUUACACAAGGCCUCAGGGAACCAUGCGAUGUGGAGCCUUGUGACCCUUCAGAUAGUUUUAUAUUUGGCAUAAUCACAGUGGUGACAGGGAUUGUAGGAGUUUUUCUGGGCAGCUUCAUAUCAAAGAUGCUGAGAGACAGAGUGUCUAAUGCAGACCCUCUUAUAUGUGCUGUGGGCAUGCUCAGUUCCUCCCCCUGCUUCUACAUCGCCGUAAUCCUGGCAUCCAAAAGCAUCCCGGUCACAUAUACCUUCAUUGCUAUUGGAGAGACUUUGCUGUCACUUAACUGGGCUAUUCUGGCUGAUAUUCUGCUGUAUGUUGUUGUGCCAACUAGAAGAGCGACGGCUGAAGCCUUACAGAUUUUGAUCUGUCAUUUACUUGGAGAUGCAGGAAGUCCAUACCUUAUUGGUUUGAUCUCAGAUGCUCUACAUAAAUAUAAUCCAGAUUCUCCAAGCUGGGAAUUCCGUCGACUAGAAUAUAGUGUUUAUAUUUGCCCUUUUGUUGGGACCCUGGGCGGCCUGUUUUUUCUAAUGACCUCGCUGUAUAUCAAAGAGGACAGAAAAGCAGCAGAGAUGCUUGUGUCAGGACAGUCUACUGGACAACAGACAACAUCCAGAGUCACCGCAAAUUAAACAGUCAAACAGUUCAUUUCCACCAACAAACGAUGGAUUGAUGGACAAAUUUGAGAGAAGUUCAAAUGUCGUUGAAUCAAUGAGUCACACAUCAAUGUGUGUGUGCGUGUGAGUCUUGAACGUCCUUUCCAAAAAAACGCCUUCUAUGAAUUUUUUAUAUAUUAAAAAAGUAUUCAUUUUUUACUGAUUUAUUUUAAGCAAAAGGUUAUCACCAUUAUGAACCAUUUCUGGAGUACAUUGGAGUGCAACAAAAAGUUAAAAUACUGUAUGUGUCAAACUACAAAAACAGAAAAUGUUCAAGAAGUAUUAGGCUAUUUUAAUAAAAUAUUUUUACUUUGUACAUUUUAUAAAAAGCUUUUAAAUAAACGUGUGUAUGCUUUUA